AUGAAGUCAGUGAUGGCCGAGUCAGAAUUGCCUGACCUCUUUCAUCUUUUGCGGGAAAAGUGCGCCAUUUCGUUAGCUAAGUCGGAUCUCACCGUUCCUGGGUGCUACAAGGUGGAGGCAGCAAUAAUGUAUAUGGGGAUCGAGUAUCUGGGAAGUAAUGACUCGAAAACAGGUAUUUCUAUAUUGGCUGGGGUUAUUUCGCGCUUGGCCAUUAUGAUGGGAUAUCAUCGAAGUACCCACGUGUGUCAUCCUCCACUACGACCUUUUGAGCUGGAGAUGCGCCGUAGGAGCUGGUUAGUACUAUCGGUUACUGACUCUAUCGUAGCGUUGCAAACAGGAUUGCCUCGGGUAAUUUACCAAGGGCUUGGGGACUUCACUCGCCCACGCAAUCUGCUGGAUGAGGAUCUGGAUCCCGCCAUGCCAAUCCUACCACCGUCACGACCAGAAAUGGAGACACCAAGCCGUAUCACGUACAUGUUGAUGCUGGACGAUAUGUUGUCUAUCGCCAAUAAGAUCACAGACAUCACUUCAAGGGGGACCAUCUCACCAGAGAGAACUCUCUGUCUAGACGAGGAAUUGAAAGCCGCAAGAGGCCGUAUCCCCGGUCCACUGAAGAUGCCUUUUACAACAAAGGCCUCCGAAAGCCAGACUGACAACACGCUCAUGCAGCAUACUUUGGAGAUGAUCUAUCAGCGUUCCCGCUGCAUCUUACAUCGCCAGUACCUGGUGUCUCCGCGAAUAACGAACGGCUACGAAGCCUUCCGCUGGGCGUGCGUCGACGCUGCCCGAUGCGUUCUUGAGUAUCAAUGCAAGCUCCUUCAAGACAUUCUGCGUCGUCCGUGCAACAGACAACGGGCCUGGUUCGGAGUAUCUCAUUCGGUUUCUGACUGCCUGACUGCUGCCAUGGUAAUAUGUCUGGAUGUGCUCAAUGAGUCGAAGGCCGCUCAUGCCUUCUCCGAAGGUACGCGGGCGGAGCUCAUCCAAUUGCUUAAUAAAACAUAUCUGAGUCUGAAAGACACUCCGCGGCAGUCAGUCGAGAUUGCAAAGGCAGCCGAGCGAGUUGCUUCCAUGUUAUAUGGGAUUGGCCACGCUGUGGCAGGUGAAGACCUACGCUCUUCCCAGCCUGCUGUAGCAGAGACUAGUGAGCUCUACAGUUCCCAACUCGCAGAACACAUGGCAGCCACAGUGGAGGGGACUUCCUUUCCCUACACAACCUUUCAAGACUUUCUUAAUGGGGACAGUCCGCUCGAAAUGUUUGACUGGGAUCUUUGGGAUUGGGAGAUGCAACAAUUUAAUUGUCCACUUGUUGAGAACGCAUGA